CCAACCACACACAGUCGGUUCAAGUAUUUCGUUGUCUCAGGUAAUUCCAGACACAAAUUGUUCGCAGCGUCUGUUCAGAGAUUACGGAGGAGUUUUUUGCUUAAUAAACUUUGGAUUUUUUUAAAAAUCAAAUAUAAAAGAAAACAAAACACACACAAAAUGAAGAAGUUUAUGAUUGUAUUUGUUGCACUCUUUGGAGCCGCUGUUGCCCAGGAAUCAUUCAAAUGUCCCGAUGAUUUUGGAUUUUAUCCCCAUGACAUCUCCUGCGAUAAAUACUGGAAGUGUGACAACAAUGUGGCUGAAUUGAAAACCUGCGGUAAUGGUUUGGCUUUCGAUGCCUCCGAUCCAAAAUAUUUGACUGAAAACUGUGACUACUUGCACAAUGUUGAUUGCGGUGAUCGUACACAAUUGGAACCCCCAAUUUCCACACCCCACUGUGCCCGCUUGUACGGUAUCUUCCCCGAUGAGAACAAAUGCGAUGUCUUCUGGAACUGCUGGAACGGUGAACCCUCUAGAUAUCAAUGCUCUCCCGGUUUGGCUUACGAUCGUGAUGCUCGUGUCUGUAUGUGGGCCGAUCAAGUUCCAGAAUGUAAAAACGAAGAAGUUGCCAACGGUUUCACUUGCCCCGCUGCCGGUGAAUUGGCCAAUGCUGGUUCAUUCUCCAGACAUGCUCACCCCGAAGAUUGCCGUAAAUACUACAUUUGCUUGGAAGGUGUUGCUCGUGAAUAUGGUUGCCCCAUUGGUACUGUAUUCAAGAUUGGUGACAGUGAUGGUAGCGGUAACUGCGAAGAUCCUGAAGAUGUUCCCGGCUGCGAGGACUACUACGGCGAUUUGGAUUUGAAGAGCAUCCGCAAAAGUGAACUUUUAGCUGGUCUGCAAGGCGAAGGUCGUAAAAAGGGUACAAACAAGGGUGCUGCCGCCUCCUCAUAAGCCCUUAUCACCACAACAUCACAACAUAAUUUCUCCACAUUAACUCCCAGCACAACCCCAAACUAACACCAAUCAACCAACCAACCAAUCGAUCAAUCAACAUACACGACACACACCACCAUACCAGUGAACACAACUACAACAAAAGACAGAAAAAAGAACAGCAACAAACAACAACAAAACAAAAUACAUUACAACAUGAAACCCGACACUUUUCUACUUUUCGAACAACAACUAUCCCUGUCAAGAUUCCUUCCUUUUAAACAAGUAACAACAAAAAGACAAGUUAAGAAGUUUUCCAUGUUGUCGUGGGAAACCGUAUAAAUGAACAUAAAAGUAAACAGAAAGAAAAGAGAUUUUUUAUAUUUUAUUAAAUAUCGAAAUUAUGAAAAAUUUUCUCUGUGGAAGCUUUAUUAUUAUCUUCUUUUUCGAUUUUUUUGUUUAUUUAUAUAUUCCAUUUUUUGUUUGUUUUAUUUUUUUUAAUCUUCAUCUUGCAAAGAGCAUCAUGAAUGAAUGUUUUGUUUGUGUUUUAUUUUUACUUUGUUUUUCCUUUUUCUUUUCCUUCAAUUUUUUUUUUGUUUGUGUGACAAAUUGUUUAAUGAAGCUUACAGAGAAUUAAAUUUUUAUGAAGAAACAAAAAAAAAAAAAAAUAAGAGAAAGAAAAACUGUAAUAGAUACGUUGAAGAAUCGAUAGAAGUUGUCAAAAUUUUUUUGUAUGUAGAAUGUCGUAAAUGUUUAAUUUAGACAUUUUCCUUAAAUUUAAGUGAUUUUUGAUUAUAAGUUUAUAAUUUUAUUGAAAAUAAAAAAACAAAAUAAUACAGAAAAAAAUAUAUAAAAAAUAAAAA